AUGGGCAACUGGACCAGCUCGGAUACCUCGCUGAGCCCCGACAAGCUAAACGAGUAUCAGGAAGUCACUUUCUUCACCAAGAAGGAGAUUCUCUACGUUCACCGAAAAUAUCAAUCGCUGGGUGGCAUUGACAAUGGCCGCCUGUCUCGCGAGAAGGUUUUGUUGAUGCCUGAGCUGGCUCAGAAUCCCUUUAAGGAUCGAAUCUGCAAGGUCUUUUCCGAGGACAACACGGGUGACUUGGCCUUUGAAGACUUUCUCGACAUGCUCUCCGUCUUUAGCGAAACAGCCACGCGUGACGUCAAGUCCUCUUACGCCUUUCGAAUCUUUGACUUUGAUAACGACCUCUAUCUCAACAAGCAAGAUUUGAUCAAGACCAUCGAGUUGCUCUGUGGCCGCGACGAGGAUGGCCUGCAACCACACGAGGUGGAACUCAUUGCCGACAAAAUUCUUGAAGAGUCAGAUCUCGAUGGAGAUCAUCAGCUCAGCUAUGUCGAGUUUGAGCAUGUGGUGGAGCGUGCCCCCGACUUUGCGGAAAACUUUCGCAUGCGCAUUUGA